AAUGGCACGUACAAAACAAACCGCUCGCAAAUCCACCGGAGGAAAAGCACCAAGGAAACAACUAGCAACAAAAGCCGCUCGGAAAUCUGCUCCGGCGACCGGAGGAGUGAAGAAGCCACACAGAUUCCGUCCAGGAACAGUUGCUUUAAGAGAGAUCAGAAAGUAUCAAAAGAGCACGGAGCUUCUCAUUAGGAAACUUCCAUUCCAAAGACUGGUUAGAGAAAUCGCUCAGGAUUUCAAAACUGAUUUACGAUUCCAAAGUAGUGCUGUUUCUGCUCUUCAAGAAGCUGCUGAAGCUUAUCUUGUUGGUUUGUUUGAAGAUACUAAUCUUUGUGCUAUUCAUGCUAAGAGAGUUACUAUUAUGCCUAAGGAUAUUCAACUCGCUCGUAGGAUUAGAGGCGAGAGGGCUUAGAUUUGAUUUCUUAGGGUUUAUGUUCUUGAUUAGAUUUCUGUUUGGGUUUGAUUCUUGACUAAUCAUGUUCUUGUAAGAAAAGUUUGAUCUACUUUAGAAUGUAAUCAGGUUAAAUUUGAAUUCAAUGGGUUUAACAAUCUCUGUUUCAGAA